UAAAUUAAUUGGUUUAUGUGAAAGUUAUAGCGUUUAUAAAUGGAGGUAUAUAUACAAAGAUUUUUUAUUUUAUUUUUUAAUUUUACUAGUGGUGGCGACUUAUAGCGGGACUGCAGCAGGCGUUGACACUGGGGGGAACUGACAGUGUCACUGACAUCCCCAGUGACACCAAUACAGUGAUAAGUGCUAAUAAAAAGCACUGACACUGUACUAAUGGCACUGGGCAGGAAGAAGUUAACAUGUGGGGCGAUCAAAGAGUUAACUCUGUGUGUGUGUGUGCGCUUCACUGUAAGCACACUGCUUUACAUGGCUCUGCUAUGCAAAGCCAUGCAUGGCAAUGUGCAGGAGCUGACA